AUGACAAUAGGUAAAGAUCGCAAACGUGGUCUCUUAAACCUUUUAGUUAGACUCACAUUCAAACCACCACCGAUAAAAGAGGAAGUUCGAUCAAAAUCACCUGUUCCCAAAUUUGUAUAUCAAUUACCAAAAAGUUUUUUCGAAGCUGUUGACAAUGCGCGAUUAGACGCUGGCUACGAUGCUCUACCACGUUUUCAUCAAUCGCCAUCAUCACCUCGUGAAACGUUACGACCAUCUCUUGCUCAUCGAUCAAAAAAGUCGCAUCAUUCUCAUCGUCAUGAUCAUAAUCAAGCUAGGCAACAACAUACUCGAUCAUCUUCGAAAAAAGUUCGAUUUAAUCUAGAACCUCAGAAAUCUUCUCACCAUCAAUCUCCUUUUCAUCAAGAAAGAGUAACUCAAUAUUUAUCGGCAAACUUGCCAAAAAAACGAAAUUUAUCAGCAACUGCUUCUAUCUGA